CUCAGAAAGCGAUCGAGGGUUGGAGUAAAUGGCGCAAGCGGCGAGGCUGAACCUUCGAAUGCAAAGGGAGCUGAAGCUCCUCCUCUCCGACCCGCCUCACGGCGCCUCUUUUCCUUCUCUUUCGUCUUCUUCCUCGCCCUCUCUCUCCUCCAUUGUCGCCCAAAUUGAAGGCCCAGAAGCUACUGUGUAUGCUAACGGGAUAUUUAAGCUCAAAAUUCAAAUUCCUGAAAGGUAUCCUUUUCAGCCUCCAGUUGUGACUUUCCUCACACCAAUAUAUCAUCCCAAUAUCGACAAUGGAGGGCGCAUUUGCUUGGAUAUUCUCAAUCUUCCUCCAAAGGGCGCGUGGCAGCCAUCCUUGAAUAUCUCGACUGUUUUAACGAGCAUUGGAUUGUUGUUAAGCGAACCGAACCCUGAUGAUGGCUUAAUGCAUGAUGCGAGUGAGGAAUAUAAGUACAAUAGACAAGCUUUUAAUCAGAAGGCGAGAUCCAUGACAGAAAAGUUUGCUAGGGCACAAGCAAGUGAAGAUGCUGCUUCUGUUUCUCACCAAGAAAUUCAAACUCGAAUUAAUCCUGACAUGGAAAAACUGCAGGUUGAGAAUAAGGGACCAGAUGCUUCAAAAUCUAAUGCAAUUCAGUGCUUUCUAAGCCAAAAUAGAUUAUGUGGAGUUAGCAGAAAGUUGUCUCUGGAUUCUUCUGGAUCAAAUCAACAUAGAAUUAGUACUGAGAGAGUAACUGGAUUGCCUGUUCCUUGUCUCUCCGACAAUCAGCUUGAAGCUGGGGCGUUGAAGUACUAUGGAGACACUACUAAGGAAGAAAAUGGAAUCCCUGCUCAUUGUCUCUUAGACAAUCAUAUUGAAGCUGGAGGGUCAAAGCAGAAGAGAGAUUCUGCUAAGGGAGUUAUUGAAGCUGGAGGAUUGAACAAAAAGGCAGUAGGAUUAUCCAGUGAGUAUGAGAAGUUAUGGGGGACUGAGCUGAAUAUGUCACCAGAAUUUUCAGGUGAUGCAAGAAAUUCCAAUAAUAAGGAUAAUCUGAUGCCCGAUCAAUGUGCAUCCCAUCAGGAGGCUCAAAGCAGCUCUGCUGACCCCCUUACUCGAGAUAGCAGCAAUACGGAGAAACAUGCCAAUCCCAGUGGUAGUGAAUUUGGAAAGGACAGUGUGGAUAUAAGUUUGAAGCAGAAGCAGUCACUACAGUAUGAUGAUUCUGAACAGAAGAGUGGCAAGCAACUGCAUACCAUCCCCCAUCCAUCUGUACCCCAUCAGUUUCCUUCCUCUGCUUCAUGUCAUAGUCUCCUAUUGCCAGAAGGCCCAGAAACCACUGGUCAUGGCUGCAUAGACACUGUUGAUAGAACCUUAAACAAAUUUGCCACCACAAAGCACAAAAAGUUAGGUUUAGCUGGCAGGAAAAUGUCUUUGGGAUCAUUGGGUUCAUCUCAGAGAAAUAACAAGGAGAAUUUAAUUUCUCUCAACAACGUUGCUGAUUCUAAGGCUAAUUUGCAUUCUAAACCCUCACCCUUGCAUGCAAUGUCGGAAGCUGGUGAUUUUGAUGGGCACGUGGGAAAGUAUUCUGCAAAGGUAGUUCAAAAGAAUCUGGGUGUGAGGCUGCAAAGGCAACCUUUGCAACCUAUGGUUCAUGUUCAAGAAAGUAACAAUCAUCAUUUUCUGUUGGAUCAGAAGCAGCCUAAACAAGACCAUGAGGAAAAACUAGAAACAAAUAUUAAGGAACAUGAAAUAGGAUUACCAAUACCUGAAUCAGUGAUUGUAUUGGAUAGUGAUGAUAGUGAAGACGAAAGGAGCUUGCCUACGAGGUCUAGAUUGUCACUUGCAAGAAAAUGUUUGCCUGGGAAGCGAAAAGCUAAAGCAUAG